GGCGAGCAAUGGCAGCGGGCUUUGACGCUGCUCAGCGAGAUGUGGCAAGUGAAGCUGGAGCCCGACGUCAUCAGCUUCAGCGCUGGGAUCGGCGCGUGCGCGAAGGGAAAGCAAUGGCAGCAGGCCUUGGCGCUGCUGCACGAGAUGCGGGAGGUGAAGCUGGAGCCCGGCGUCAUCUACAACUCUGCGACCAGCGCAUGCGAGAAAGGCGGGCAGUGGCAGCGGGCUCUGGCAUUGCUGAGCGAGAUGUGGGAAGCGAAAAUCGAGCCCGACCUCACUCUUCAGCUACAACUCUGGGGUCAGCGCGUGCGAGAAAGGGCGAGCAGUGGCAGCGGGCUUUGA